UGGGCUCGUAAGCUUGCAAUCGUCGUCACCAGCUUCGAGAAAAAUCAAAACGCCUGUCAAUCGGCAGGGUCGGGGGUUGUUUAGGUUGAACCCGUCAUGUAGAAGCUCAAAGCUGUGUCUCCUCUCAUCUGCUUUGCGAGCAUCGAUCACAAAAGGCAUAGUCGUCUCCUCACUUUUCAAGAGUCUAUCCCCGCCGUCUAGCAGACCGCCUGAUAAAAAACAAUGUCUCCCACCGUAAUCCUCAUCAGGCAUGGGCAAGCCCUCCACAACAUCAAUCAAGAAUGGGAAAUCCCCGACCCAGAGCUUUCUGAGCUGGGUCAACAACAAUGCCGCACGCUCGAGCAGCACCUCCGCCAGCAUCUGCCGCUGGCCGACAAGGUCGAACGCAUAAUCACUAGUCCCAUGCGCCGUACCUUGGAGACCACCACUCUUGGUCUGGACUGGCUGAUCAAAAGGGGCAUUCCCGUAGAAGCAAGUGCUCUCUGGCAAGAGAACUCCAACAAACCCUGCGAUUCGGGUUCUCCCCUUUCGAGCGUCACCCACGACUUCCCCUCCUUCGACUACAGCCAUGUAGACCCCCUCUGGCCUUCAAAAACCGGUCCCUUCGCCUUCACCCGCACCGCAACAGUUUCCCGCGGCCAAUCCUGCCUCCACGACCUCUAUACCAGUAAGGAAAAAGUGAUCGCCGUGGUCUCUCAUGCCGGGUUCUUGAGAUGUGCAGUCAGUCUCUGUAAAUACUCCAAUGCUGAUUAUCGGAUUUUCGACUUCAAGGAGAGUGAUGGUGAAGGGGACUUGGAAUUGGUAGAAGUGAUUUUCCUGGUGAGCAGAUUGAGGAAGUUGAGAAGCAGUUGGGUGGACAGGUUGAUGGGGAGGCUGUUAAGGAGGUUUCUGGGGAGAAGUAGAAAGUAUAUGGUAGAGCAGGGUUAGAAUGAUACUGUACAGAAUAGAGUUGUGAUUUGUCUUUACUACUCCAACUCCAGAAUUAACGAUAUGUGAUUACGCCUUGAUAUGUCCCUGUGCGCCUU